UCUCUCUCUCUCUCUCUCUCUUCACAUUCAUCUUCAUCUUCCCCCAUUACUCAAAUCUCCUCUCUCUCUCUUUCUCUCUCUCUCUCUCUCUAUAUUGAGCACCCGCCUCGUGGGCUUAGGCUAGAACUGGCGUUAUCUCAAGAAACCGACGAUUCUUCUUCCGAUUCCAGCAAUCACCGGCUGGUUCUCAAACUCUAUGACGCCUUGAGCACCCGUGACGUGGCCACCGUGCACGCCGUCCUCGCCGCCGACCUCGAGUGGUGGUUCCAUGGUCCGCCGACCCACCAGUUCUUGAUGCGCCUGCUGACCGGCUGCGACAACAAAAACGACGCGUCGUUUCUGUUCAAUCCUCAGUCUAUUUGCUCCGUCGGCCCCGUCGUCCUAGUGGAGGGCUGUGACCCAGAGCAGGAGAUCUCCUGGGUACACGCCUGGACUGUCACGGAUGGGAUAAUCACCCAGGUCAGGGAGUACUUCAACACUUCCCUCACCGUCACCCGCCUCGGCAACUCCGGCAAAUCCACACCGUCCAAGUUCUCCAAAUCGACGUCCGAGAUUACAUCGUACCGCUGCCCCUCCGUCUGGGAGAGCUCCAACCGGGUCGGGAAGUCGGUUCCGGGUCUGGUCCUCGCAAUCUAAGUCAGUUCGUGUGGCGCGUGGUUUUUACUUUUUAAUAGGUAUUAUUAUUAUCUAAAUAAAGAGGGGGAUUGCGUGUCGUGCUCUGAGUGGCUCCUGCAAGCUACUGGGGUCACGGAGAUGUAAGACCCGUUAAGGAUUUGUUUGUUUGGUUUCGGGUUGUUGUCGUUUAGUUUGGUUUUGUUGUUUGUUUGUGUGUGUGCUGGUGUUGGGUGGAACCAUGGGGUCGAGGGCCUUUUGGUCAUAUCCUGACGCGUCUAUGUUAAGGUAUUCUUAUCGAGCAAUAAAAACGUGUGUUUUCGAUAA